GGAGCCGAACGCGGCCGAGCGGCGCCGAGCGGGACCCGAACGAGGCCGAGUGCGGGCCGAACGGCGCCGAGCGGUGCCGAGCGAGGCCGAGCAGGACCCCGGGGACCCACCGGGACCCACCGGGACCCACCGGGACCCAGUGGCGCCGCCAUGUGCGACAUGGAGGGUGGCGGAGGCGGCUGCGGGGCGGACGCGGAACCUCCGCGGCGCCGCCGCGCCCCGGCAGACAGCCAGCCCCGGACGUGCAUGAAGUGCGGACAGGGCACGGCCGCGCUCGUCAUCCGCGUCGGGGACCCCUUCUGCCGUGACUGCUUCCGCGAGUACUUCGUGCACAAGUUCCGUGCCAUGCUGGGCAAGAACCGUGUCAUCUUCCCAGGAGAGAAGGUGCUGCUGGCAGUGUCGGGGGGCCCGGCCUCCUGUGCCAUGGUCCGGCAGGUGCAGGAGGGGCUCAGCCGGGAGGCGGCCAAGAGGCUCCGCUUCAUCCCCGGCCUCAUCUACGUUGAGGAGGGAGCGGUGCGCGGGCAGAGCCCGGAGCAGCGCCAGCAGACCCUGGCCCAGAUGGAGACCCUGCUGCAGGCCACCGGCUUCCCCUACCACCUGCUCCACCUGGAGGAGGCUCUGGAGCUGCCCCCGUCCAUCCUGCAGCCGGGGCCGGAGCGCGCCGGCACGUCCAGCCCGUCUGGCCCUUCCUACAAGGAGGCUGUGGACAACUUCAUCCAGCAGCAGCGGCAGGAUGGCGACAGUGGCAGCUCUCUGCCUGGCCACAGCGCCCCGGGCAGCCCAGCAGGAGCCCCAGGCUCCCCCCGGCUGCCAGGCGCUGCCCAAACCCAGGAGCUGCUCCGCAGCUUCGAGGCCGCGGCGACGGCGACGGCGCGGGAGGAGCUGCUGGAGAUGCUGCGGACGCACCUGAUCGUGCAGACAGCCCGGGACAGGGGCUACGCCAAGGUGAUGAUGGGUGACAGCCUGACGCGCGUGGCCAUCAAGCUCCUCACCAACCUCUCCCUGGGGCGCGGCGCCUUCCUCGCCGUGGACACGGGCUUCACGGACCAGCGCCACGGUGACGUGAUGGUGGUGAGACCCAUGCGGGACUACACGGCCAAGGAGAUCGCCUUCUACAACCGCUUCUUCAGCGUCCCCACCGUCAUCGUGCCACCCCUCUUCACCAAGCGCCGGGAGAAGCUCAGCAUCCACCGGCUGGUCGAGCGCUUCCUGGUGGGGCUGCAGGAGGAGUUCCCCUCCACCAUCAGCACCGUGUACCGGACUGGGGAGAAGCUGAGCCCGGAGCCUGCCAAGGCCAGCAGCGAGUGGCAGCGCUGCCUCCUCUGCCUCUGCGGCCUGGACACCUACGGGGAGGAGGAGCUGGCUCUGGAGCCCACGCUGAUCUUGGAGGAGCCAGCAGCAGGGGUUGAGAGCAAAGCUGCCUACAUCCCCCUGCUGUGCUACAGCUGCCGCCUCACCUUCAAGGAGCUGGUGAGGUUUUGGGGUGCAGGGGGUGGGUCUCGGGGGUCCCCAGGCUCACGGCCCCUCUCGUGCAGGGUCCCCUGGGCACGCUGCCGCCCUACGUGCGCGCCGAGGGCCAGCGCAGGAUCCGCAGAGCUGAGAUGGAGCAGAACCAGGAGGCCAGCGAGAGCUGAAGGGGCUGGGGACAGCAGGGGACACAGCCCCAUCGCACUGUGGCACUGCUGGGGCAGGUGCCACUCCUCAGGGAUACCCCAGAGCUUGGUGAGGACUCCUGACGCCCAGGCAGCUGCUUUUAUAACCCAUUUCUGUGCCAGCCAGGGGCAGGGAGAGCCCCCAUCCCCAUUUAUUGGGGGCUGGGCUGCAGGUCCCUGGUCCCCUCCCACCUCCCUGCCCCAGCUGCCUGUCAGCCAGGGAGGCCUCAAGUUUGUUUUAUUCGGUAUCUGUAUAAAUAAAACAUUUGAAUUAUUAAAAAAAACACAAACCCAAAGUCACAAGUGUCUAAAGUCCAACUGGGGCUGCCAGACCUCCUCAAACAUGGGGGGCCACAACCCAGGACCCCCAUCCUGGAGCUGGGGGUGGGGGGCUAUUGCUUGAGUUCAGCCUGGUUCUGGAGCAGGGCUGGGGCCG